AAAGCACCCACAAAACUUCCAUGCUUUUCUGAGCUUAUUAUAUCAUUAUAUCUGUGAAUCCGCCAUGGAAGAUAGCUCAAGAACUCAGAGCCACGCCAUCAUGAGAAGAUCAGUCUACACUUUCCUUCAAAACUAUCAUUAUUUCGCCACAAUCGCUGCUGUCCUCGCUUUCCCUUACGCACUUUCGAUCCUCCUUUCACAAUUCUUCGUCCUUCAUUCCCCUCUCUUCCCAGCUAUCCACACCCACCUCAGAGCUGUUUUCAUGGCGGCUGAGUUCCCUCCAUCGUCCAACUUCUUCAAUGUCCUCAGUCUCAAGAUUUCACAGACCGUUUCUUCAUCGAUCUUCGCUCUCCCUUUCACCCUUUCGUUCUUUCUGUUAUCCAAAGCCUCCACUAUCCAUCUCCUCAAACACAUUAAACCCACCUCCCCGCCUUCGUUUUCUUCAAUUUCAUCUCUUUACAAGCCUCUGUUUUCCACUUUCGUAUGCAAUUUCUUUCUACUUUUGGCUGCAAAUUCAACAGCGUUCUCUCUUUUGUUCUUCGGGUACCAUUUUAUCAAUGGGUUCGGGUUCUAUUUAUCUCCCAAUUGGCUCACCUUCAUGUCGGCUGCCGGUGCUGUUGUCUAUUCAAUGAUUCUUGCGAAUGUCAUUGUGAUUUGUAACUUGGCUUUGGUUUCUUCUGGAAUGGAGAAUUCCGGUGGGUAUUUGGCGAUUCUGAAGGCUUGUGUUUUGAUAAAGGGGAGGACUUUGACUGCUUUGGCAUUGGCGGUGCCUGCGAAUCUGGCGUUGGCUGCCAUCGAAGCUCUGUUCCAUUACCGUGUUGUUGUGAGAGCUUACGGUUAUCGUAGUGGCGGUGAUUGUAGUGGUUUUCCGAUGGCUUUGGAAGGGGUUUUGAUUGCUUAUUUGUACUCCAUUUUUGUUGUUCUUGAUACUGUGGUGAGUUGCAUGUUCUUCAAGAGCUGCAAAACUGGGUGCUUGGUGGAUCUAGAAGGAAGAUAUUGUUACAAGAUUGAGAUUGUUGCAGAGAGAGAUGGGAAAGCGUUUGUGAAGUUGAAGAAUAUCGAAGAACUUGCAUAGAUAGAAAUCAUAAAAGUCUUGAAUUUCGAA